AAUAAGUCUCUUCGCUUCCACUCUCUCUCUCCUUCCAUUGUUCUUCCCCUUCUCUCUUCCGUCCUUCUAGGGUUUCGUUUGAUCACAUCUCCGUUCAUCUCAAUUCAUCUUUCUUUUUGUAAAAAAAAAAAAAAAAUCCCGUAAGAAGCAGAAGAAAUGGAUUCCUCCAAUUCAUGGAUCAAUUGUCCUUCCGUUUUCUCAUCCUCUUCUUCUGCUUCGCGACGAUGUCAACAAUCCCGAUCAGAUUUGUAUAUAGGUGGAGGGUACGAGGAUCUCGAAGGAGAAGACGAUUUGAAGUCGGAGUUCAUCUGCCCGUUUUGCGCUGAAGUCUUCGACAUCGUCGGGCUCUGUUGUCACAUUGACGAAGAGCAUCCUGUCGAGGCCAAGAACGGGGUCUGUCCUGUAUGCACAAAGAGGGUGGGAUUAGAUAUCGUCGGCCAUAUCACUACACAACAUGCGAACUUUUUCAAGGUGCAGCGAAAGAGAAGGUUGAGAAAAGGUGGUGGAUACAGCUCUGCUUAUCUCACCCUCAAGAAAGAGCUUCGUGAAGCUAACUUACAGUCACUUCUCGGUGGUUCCUCAAGCUUCGCUUCUUCAACCAAUAUAGAUUCUGAUCCGUUGCUGUCGUCCUUUAUGUUCAAUCCUCCGUCAGCUGCAAACAAAUCCGCUACACCUGUUACGGAAGGAGCCUCGGCUACAACAAAACUCUCGCAAAAGGAGUCUCUCAAAAGAGACAUUCGAGAAGCUCCACUUUCAGGGGAAGACAGGGAGAAGGCGAAGAAGAGCGAGUUUGUGAGAGGUUUGUUCUUGUCAACCAUGCUUGGUGACGAUUACUAAUGAAGUCUACUCGCCUUUGUUGUGGUUGUUUCAUGAGAAAGUGUGGUUGAAAUUGUUAGAGUGGUGUGUAUGAUGGAAAAGCUUGUAAGUUAAGAGGACGCGGAGUUAAAAAUACAUACUAUAUUAUUGUCAUCGUACCUACGAACCUCUAGAUUCGAAUAAAAACAUUUAACACGUUUUUGAAAA